AUGUACCACCACCACCGGUAUAUGCUCCACCACCAGCUCCUCCAGCACCACCGGUAUAUGCUCCACCACCUUCGCCUCCAGCUCCUCCAACUUAUGCUCCACCACCUCCUCCAUCUCCACCACCACCACCAGCAUAUGCUCCACCACCACCAAGCGCCCCCAGCUGGUGAAUGGCAUUAUGUAGAGAAUCCUUGGAACAAGCCACAACCCCCAGCACCAACAACACCACCAAAAUACGCACCACCAGCCCCUCCUGCUUAUGGCCCUCCUCAACCACCACCUGCGCCACCAGCACCUCCAGCAUAUGCUCCACCGGCACCACCUUCUCCACCACCACCGGUAUAUGCUCCACCACCAACACAACCUCCACCUGCCUACUAUCCUCCUGCACCAUCAUAUAUUCCGAAACCUAGUUUUUGA